AUGGCAUCGGUGAAGGUGGCCGUGAGGGUUCGACCCUUCAACAAGAGAGAGGUAGCGAUGAACGAGAAGCUGAUUGUGCAGAUGAGCGGCAAGAGGACGCGGAUCUUCAGCACCAAGACACCGGAUAGCUGCAGAGAUAUCGACCGGGGGAAGUACAAAGACUUCACGUUCGAUCACUCCUACUGGUCCUUCGAUUCGAACGACGAAAACUAUGCGUCCCAGGAAGAGGUUUUCUACGAUCUUGGUACGGACGUAAUAGAAAGUGCCUUCGAGGGCUACAAUGCCUGCGUUUUUGCCUACGGCCAGACAGGAUCCGGGAAGACCUUUACAAUGAUGGGCACGCCGGAAUCUCAGGGAUUGAUACCACGGAUUUGCAAGACGCUUUUCGCUAGAAUGGCAGCUGGAAAGGAAAGCGGGGCGUCGUACAGAACGGAAGUAUCUUUCCUGGAAAUCUAUAACGAAAGAGUGAGAGAUCUGCUUAGACUGGACCAAAGCCAAUCCCAUUCGCUGAGGGUACGGGAACACCCCACGGGAGGGCCUUAUGUCCAAGAUCUAUCAUGUCAUCUCGUUUAUGAUUAUUCGGACAUUCAGGAAUGCAUGGUGAGAGGUAAUACGCAUAGGACUACAGCCAGCACAAAGAUGAACGACGUGAGUAGCAGGAGUCACGCGAUUUUUACGAUAACCUUCGUACAGGCCGGCCUCUCGGAAGGCAUGCCGUCGGAGACUGUUUCCAAGGUGCACCUAGUCGACUUGGCCGGAAGUGAACGGGCGAACGCGACCGGAGCGACGGGUCAACGACUGAAAGAAGGCGCGCAUAUCAACAAGUCAUUGGUGACUUUAGGCACUGUGAUAUCCACGCUCUCUGAGCUCAGUUCUGCCAGCGGUGACGCGUCCGCCUCGAAACGUAACACGUUUAUCCCUUAUCGCGACAGCGUGCUCACGUGGCUGCUGAAAGAUUCUCUAGGCGGCAACUCCAAAACUAUCAUGAUAGCGACUAUCAGUCCGGCGGAAUGCAAUUACAACGACACUCUCAGUACUCUUAGAUACGCCAAUCGUGCGAAAAACAUUAUCAACAAGCCGACUAUCAACGAAGACGCGAAUGUGAAACUCAUCAGAGAGCUCAGGGCGGAGAUAGAAAAGUUGAAGUCUCUCAUCGACAAAAAUAUGAGCGUGGAGAAACCACCGCAAGUGCUAUUGGCUCAAAUCCAAGAGAAGCAAGAGCAAGAAAAGGUACUGACCGAGGAAUGGACCGAAAAGUGGCGAGAGACGCAACAGAUUCUGCAAGAGCAAAAAGCGCUAGGAUUACGAAAGAGCGGGGUCGGUGUUGUUCUCGACUCGGAAAUGCCGCAUCUAGUCGGCAUCGACGACGAUUUACUCAGUACCGGCGUUACAUUGUAUCAUUUGAAAGAGGGAAAAACGCUAGUUGGCACAGAGGAAGCUUCCGUUGUUCAGGAUAUUGUCUUGACCGGUGCGGAUGUGGAAUCGGAACACUGCAUAGUCGAACUGGAUAGUGGCGUGGCGACGCUACACCCGCUUUCGUCCCACUGUUGGAUCAAUACUGCUCAGGUGGACAAACCAACAAGACUAUCGCAAGGCUGUAUCAUUCUUUUAGGUAGGAACAACAUGUUCCGAUACAACGAUCCAGCCGAGGCAGCAAAACUCCGAAAGGAGGGCGGCUCGGGUAACGGCAACCUGCAAUCAACGGUCGUCAAUCUAUCGAGACUGUCGCUCUUGAGUUGGAGCGUCUCCGAUCUACACGCGUCCUGUUCCAGCGACAAUCUUCUGAACUCGAGCGAGGAUCUCAGGGCGGUCGAGGAGCUGGAACAGCAGAAGGCUGCGCUUCUAAAGGAAAAGGAGGACUUCAAGAGGGAACAAGAGGAACGCGAAGAGAGAUGGGCCGCUAGAAGGGAAGCGCUGGAAGGAGCUCAACGUGAGUUGGAGCGCGAAUGGGGCGCACAGUGGAAAGAAUGGGCGGACGCGAUUGCGAUCCUGGAGUCGCGUCAACGCGAGCUGCGCGCCCGCCGGCAUAUCCUGGAACAAGAACGGCGGGACGAAAUGACGCAAGUAGAAAGUAUAUGUAGGGAAGUCGCCUAUCUGCGCACAUUAUUGCAGUCCAAGCAUCGACAAUUGCAAGAGCUCGUCAACAAUCAGGAACGUACGCAAACCAAUCAGCAUCAGUGGGAAAAGACGGAUAAUGGUGCCGGUAGUGACGACAGUCUGCCCGAAUCUUGGUCCAGUCUCAACGACGAAAAGUGCAUCGACAGUGUCAGGGAAUUGGUGAAUCAUCACAAGAAAGAACUAGCCGCUUUGGAGAACGAGCUACAGAGCAAGGUCAAAUCUCUGAACGAACAUCAGAGUAAGGUAGAUAAGAUGGAGGAGGAACUGAUGGAGAUCGCGAAGAGACAGAAGCAGAUAUUCAGGGCGGAACUGGGAGGUGAAGGAUUAACGGAGAAGAAGAUGUUGUUGGCAAAACGGAGUCAGGAACAGCUUGAGGAGAUCGAACGGCGUAAACACAGUCUAUCGUUGGACUUGAAGCGCGCUACGCCUGCGUUUCUGGACGACAGUUGUUCGUCGAACAGCUGCGACGAGACGGCCUUCAGCUGUAACUCCAGAUCCUUCCAGGAGGCGAACAAUAGGAAGCAUCAGAUCGCCUUGGACUUGAAUUUGUUGCCGCUGAGUAUACCGAGCUCCGAUACCGUGGAAACAUUCCACACGGCAGCGGCCGACUCUCCGGAGCUUCGUAUAGCCUUCGAGGAUGCCGACACGACGUGUAUAAGCGAUCUGAUGACGAAGAAUGAAUUCGCGUACGAAGAACGAGGUGGCCACGAUGAUAGAAGCUUAUCCGAGAUGGAAACUAAAAAUGCGACAGAUGCGAAUAGAGGCGCUUCCAUGGGGCCGUUAAGUGACGUACAACCGCCUAUGAUAGCCACCAUCCCGGAAAACAUGCUCCAGGAUACGCUAGAAUCGCCAAUACAGCAGAAUCCGGCGAUGAAGAGACUGAACCAAAGAAUCGCACGUCAACGCGUGAUGGUGAUGAGAUGCUUGGACGCCGGUACCCCGUCGAAAGACGAUCUCAAUCGGCAGAUAAUGAUACUGCAGGAUCUGCAGAGACAGCAGAUCGAAUUGGAAGUGUCUUUAUUGGAGGAUGAACGGAAAAGUUAUUCUACGAAGCGUCUCCAGUGCGGCGGCGAUGGCGACGGCGACGGCGACGGCGACAGUGAUAGACUCGUCAACCACGAGACCGAGAAUCAUGUACAGAACGAACCAAAUGCUUACUGUAGUGUUGUAGAACCUACGAAUAAUAGCUCGGCCAUUCUAUUAACGGUAGCGCAAACUAGAUCUCAACUUUUCAGGAAUAACAGGCCUAAUACUAACGAUCAAGAGACUUUGUCGGAAUCGUUAGCGUCUAAAAGAUCCUCCAGUCGGGGUUAUUCAACAGUUUACUUGACGAGUCAGAAUCGCGGCGACCGCUUGAGUAGUCCGUAUUCCUUAACAAUCACGAGGUCCCUACCGUCGUUAAUAGCAAAUGACGGCGACUGCGUGAUUAAUAUGAUUGUCAGUGUGCCGUCGUAUGUGAUACGCGGAGCCGGGGCGUCCAGCCACUACGAGUACGAGGUGCGAGUCGUGGCGCAGGACGACAGCUGGACGCUGCUACGUAGAUACAGGAGAUUCCGGGAGUUGUAUACAUCGAUGCGACAAAAGUAUGGUAGCAAGGUCGCGGCGAUACGCUUUCCUCCACGCCAAGUCUUUCCAAAGUACGAAGUCGUAGCGAGGCAACGCCGGAAACGUCUCGAGGAAUAUCUUCGCCGGUUAAUUCAAGUUUGCUCGGAACUGCCGCACUGCGAGCCUCUAUACAAAUACAACGGCAAUCUUAGCAACAUAAACAAACAAUCCCUACUGGAGUUCAGCCCGUUUUUCAGGCGCGGUAUGUUCGAGAGCGGCAAAUACGGAACUAGCUAA